UGAGCACAGUACUCUCUCUCCACAGCUCAGCUCAUUGUGGUGUGAUAGCGUGAGAUCUGGAGGAAUGACGGCUGCUCUGCUCAGUGUUCUCACAGCUCUGCUCUGUGUGCUUUCAGCCACAGCACAGCCUGAGCCACAGAAAGACUUCAACUUGCAGAAGUUUUCAGGGAAGUGGUACCUGAUUGGAAUGGGCUCCAAUGCACAAUGGUUCAUGAAUAAGAAGUCAUGGAUGAAGAUGGGCACUGCAGUGUACACCCCAACUGCCGAGGGCAAUCUGGACGUGUUGGUCACCAGUCAAAAGCCGACUGAAUGCUGGAAAAUGCACCAACUCUUUGACAAGACUGAGACCCCAGGCCGCUUCACUUUCUAUAGCCAAGUCUGGGGCAAUAAAAAUGACGUGCGAGUGGUGGAGACCAAUUAUGAUGAAUUUGCCCUCGUUCACACCAUCAAGACCAAAGGGGACAGCGUGAGUGUUCUCACCAAGCUGUACGGUCGCUCUCAGGAGCUGCGUCCCGAGUUGAUUCAGAAGUUCCAGCAGCACUCUCUGGCGCACGGAAUUGCCCUGGAUAACGUUCUGAUUCUGCCCAAGAACGUGGAAUGCACUCCAAAUGCUGCUUAGGGUUCCCAAGAGCACCCACGUGAUUCCAGCUGUGUGAAGCACAACACUGCCUCCCACAAACCCACCCAACCCAGCUGCCUUAGACAAAGCUGUCUUCAUGUCUUUAACACCUGUUUAAAACCUGCUUCAAUAAAAAUCCAGCGAUGA